AUGUUCACCAUAGAAGAAAUAAACAGAAGAUCUGACCUCUUACCUAAUAUCACUCUGGGAUACAAGAUCUAUGACUCCGGUUUGUUAGAACAUAAAGCUGUACAGAGUGCACUGAGUAUACUGUCAGGACAAGAAGAAGCCGUCCCCAACUACAGCUGUGAUGAGAAGAACAGCGUGGUGGCUUUUAUCGGACACUUGAUGUCUUCCUCCAGUCUGUCCAUAGCGGAGAUAACUGGGAUCUAUGGCUAUCCUCAGAUCAGCUAUGGAGCGAUGGAUCCCAUCUUCAGUAACAAGCUCCUGUUUCCUUAUUUCUAUCGCACAGUCCCUGAUGGGUCCACUCAGUAUGAUGCCAUUGUCCUCCUACUGGAGAACUUUGGCUGGAGCUGGGUGGGGAUGGUGACAGUAGAUGAUGAUAGCAGCCAACGAGCCAGCAUGGAGCUCUACAAUCUGAACCAAUAUAUAAGAAGAGUUCAGUUUAUAACUUCUGGUGGAGAUUCCAUUCACCUUGAUGAGAAAGGAAACUUUCCAACAAGAUUUGAUCUGGUAAAUUAUCAGGUAUUUGCUAACCAAACCGUGGGGAAACAAACAGUGGGACAUCUCCAUGAAGACAAAGGUCAUCAUCAGUUUCUUAGAAAUGAGAGCUCAAUUAUUUGGAAAUCACAACUUCCACCGCGCUCCACCUGUAGUGAGAGUUGCCUCCAUGGAUACUGGAAAGUCCUACUGGAAGGAAAACAGAAAUGCUGCUACUACUGUGCCCCCUGUGCAGAAGGCGAAUUCUCCAACCAGACUGAUAUGGGAACAUGCUUAGUGUGUCCUAACGAUCACUGGUCAAAUGGAAGAAGAGAUUCCUGCGUUCCAAGACCGAUUGAAUUCCUGUCUUAUGGAGACACACUAGGGUCAUCUCUAAUUAUUAUAAAUCUUACAUUUUGCCUUGUGACUAUAGUUGUGUUGGGGAUAUUUAUAAAAAAUAAAGAUUCUCCAAUUGUGAAAGCCAAUAACCAGAAGCUCAGUUUCAUACUUCUCCUCUCACUCAUCUUCUCAUUUUUAUGUCCUCUCUUAUUCAUUGGACGUCCCUCAGAUAUAUCAUGUCUCCUCCGACAAGUGACCUUUGGAAUCAUUUUUAGCCUUGCAGUUUCUUCAGUCUUAGCUAAAACAGUCACUGUAGUCUUGGCUUUUCAAGCCAUUAAACCAGGCAGGACACUGAGGCAGUGGAUGAAGAGACACCUCUCCACAUCCUUACUUGUUAUAUGUUCAUCUGGAGAAGUUUUGAUCUGUGUCCUCUGGUUAUUUUAUUCUCCACCAUCCCCAGAUUAUAACACUGGAAUAGAGGUUGGAAAGAUAAUCUUACAAUGUAUUGAGGGAUCUGCCAUUGCUUUCUACUUGUCCAUCGGCUACAUUGGAUUUCUGGCAAUCAUGAGCUUUAUUGUAGCUUUCUUGGCCAGAAGACUUCCAGACACCUUCAAUGAGGCUCAGUACAUCACCUUCAGCAUGCUGGUGUUCUGCAGUGUGUGGAUCUCCUUCAUCCCGGCCUACCUCAGCACUAAGGGGAAGUACAUGGUGGCUGUGGAAGUUUUUGCCAUCUCAUGUUCCAGUGCUGGACUUCUGGGCUGUAUCUUCAUUCCCAAAUGUUACAUUAUCCUACUGAGACCAGAACUCAACACAAAGUCCAAUAUAAGGGUCAUAAGAAGACAUUGUACAGGAGAAUUUUGA